AUGGUUUAUAGUAAUUAUAUAGAAAAAGACAGUAAUAUAACAACAUUACCAAAAAUAGAUUGUUAUAGUCCACCACAAAUAAAUGAAGGAGAAAAUUGUCAUUCUUUAUCUACUUUUCCUGGUUAUUGGGAACAUUUUGAAAUAACAUUAUUAAAACAUCCUACUUUUGGUUUUGGUAUUGCAAUAUCCGGUGGUUGUGACGAUCCUCAUUUUUAUUCUGGAGAUUCAUCUAUUUUUAUUAGUGAUGUUGUGAGAAAAGGCCCUGCAUGUGGAUUAUUACAACUUAAUGAUAUAAUAGCAUCUGUUAACGGUGUAUCUUUUAAUAAUAUUGACUAUAUAUCAGCUAUUAAUACUAUUAAAAACGCUACACAAUUAAGAAUGAUUGUUAAAAGAAGAGUUCCAUUACCAUUAAUUGAAUUAGAACAAAGAACAUUAAAAUUUACUUUAUCAAAAAGUAGAAAAAAAGAUGAUUUUGGUAUUGUAUUAGGUUGUAAAUAUUAUAUUAAAGAAAUUACUAAUCCAAAAUUAGCUGAAAAAGAUCCUGGAUUAAAAGAAGGUGAUAUUGUUCUUCGAAUUAAUGGUCAACCAUUAGAUGAUAUAUCAAUUGAUGAUGCAACAAAAAUGUUACAAAAAUCAAAAGAAAAACUUAGUUUAGUCGUACAAAGAGAUGUUAAAAGAGGUACACCUGGUAGUAGGUGGCCUUCACAAAAUACUGUUUAUGAAAGAUUGGGUUCUGUUAAUGGAACACCAAGACAUUCUCCUAGUCCUAUGAUGACAAAUUAUUAUGUAUCAAAUGAUUGUACAGAUAUUAAUGGACAUAUUUCUAAAAGACCCUCAUCUUCAAAUUCUACUAAUACAAAAAAAAUUUCAGAUGAUCAUGGUAAUUAUAACAGUGGUGAAGGUUUAUAUAUACCACCUCAAUAUUGUAAUAAUAUUAAAAAAGAUUCAGUAAUGACAAAUAGUUUAGGUAUUGGUAAUUCUGUACCAUCAAAUUGUUCAUCACCUUCAAUUAAUAUUGUAUCACAAUUUUCAAAUAAUAAAGAAUCAUCUAGACGUUUGGUAGUAUUUAAAAAAGCUGGAAAUAAUCUUGGUAUACGUGUUAUUGGUGGUAAUCAAGCUGGAAUAUGGAUUAGUGCUAUACAAGAAGGUUCACCAGCUGCUAUGCAUGGUAUAAGAGUUGGAGAUAAGAUAAUUUCAGUAAAUAGUUUUCCCAUGGGUGGUUUAACAAGAGAAGAAGCAGUAAAUUAUCUUUUGAAUUUAAAUGAAGAGGUUCAUGCUCAAUUGGAAUUUUUGCCCCAUGAGUUUGAACAUAUUAGAAUUAAUCAAUUAGGGGAUAGUUUUUAUAUAAGAACACAUUUUGAGCAUAAUAAAAAGAAUGAUAAAAAUGAAUUGACAUUUGAUAAUGGUGAUAUUUUCCAUGUUAGUGAUACAUUAUAUGGUGGUAGUAUAGGAUGUUGGCAAGUUUCUAGAAUUUAUAGUGCCAAUGAAAAUGAUAAAAACAAAGAAAGAGUUGGUAUUAUACCAAAUGCUACAACUGCUGAAAUUUUAAUAAAACAACAAAAAAUGGAAACUAAUACAUUUGCUAAAUCAUUAUUUAGAAAAAAAUUAUCAAUAAAAAAAAAUAAAUAUUUACAAGGAAAAGAUAGUAAUGAUAAUGGAAAACAAACUUCAGAUGGAUUAAUAUUACCAGCAUAUGAAAAAGUAUCUUUAAGACGUCCACCAUUUAAAAGACCAAUUAUUCUUUAUGGACCAUUAGCUGAUAUUGCUAGACAAUUAUUAUUAACUAAUUAUAGUUAUUGUUUUGCUGGUAUAGAAGAAGAUAAACAAAUACGUCUUUCAAAUAUUGAUGCAUUAAUUAAUCAAAGUAAGCAUGGUUUAUUAAAUGUUAGUCCAGAAUCAGUUGAACAAUUGUCAUACGCUCAAUAUGCACCAAUUGUGAUAUUAAUUGAUGUUGAAACAAGAAGUAGAAUAAAAGAACUUCGUCAAAGAGCUGGUGGUAUACAAAUAAGUUCAAGAAAAUUAAUUGAACAAGCAAAUAAAAUUAAAAAAUAUCAUGGACAUUUAUUAAGUGCAACAUUAGAUGCUACAAAAGAAGAUGGAUGGUUUGAAGCAUUAAGACAGUUAAUUAUUCACCUUCAAGAUAGAAGUGUAUGGAUGCCAGAACAUAAACCAUCACAAGGAAUAGAAGAAUUAGUUUUAAAUGGUUGGCAUGAUACAGAAUCAGAAGAAAUUGAUUCAAUUAAAGGAGGAGGAGAUUAUGGUAAUAUGGGUGAAUAUACAAAUUAUAGUAUAUAUGGUGGUAAUGGAAUUUUAGAUCGUGAAUCACGAUUUAAAAAUAAUGAAUAUAUGAAUAGAAGAGAAAUUACACCUGUAUCAGCAUAUAGAACUCAAACAGAAUCUUAUUUAGCUCCUGUUAUAGGUCCAAGAAGAAUUCAUAAUGCUACUAGUUACCAUGAAAAAUAUACUACUAAUAGGAUUCCAGGUACUUAUGAUAUAAACCAAGUAUUACAAGAUACUUUUGGUGAUCAAGUUUAUGGAAAAUCUCUUUAUGGUAAUAUAAAUGAUGGAAAAGAACAAUUAUUAAAACAUUAUGAUUCAAGAAAUUAUCCUCGAUCUCCAACAAAUAAAAUACCUUCAAAUACAAAAAAACAAUUAGUAAAUGAUACAGAUAUAACUCAUCAUCACACAAAAGAUACAAGUACAGAUAAAAGUUCAUCAUCAUCUGAAAUUUCAACAAUAAAUAGUAAAAAAAUUAUUGAACCAACAGUUAUUGAACAUAUAAGUAGUGUAAUAGAUUUUAAUGGAGGUAAAUUAUUAUGUCCUGAUAGUGGUGUAGAAUUAAUUAUACCACCUGGUGCUAUACCAUCAGAUCAUAAUCAAGAGAUAUACAUAAAAAUAUGUAAAGAUACAUCAAAUGCAAUACCAAUAAAUGUUGAGAAAGAAAAAUUAUUGAGUCCUUUAGUAAUGUGUGGACCAUUAGGUUUAAAAUUUUUAAGACCAGUUGAAUUACGAUUCCCAAAAACUUUUGAUGGUUGUGAUAAAAAAAAUGAAUCAAUUGAAGCAACACAAAAUAAUUGUUUUGUCCUAAAAAGUAGUUGUGGUGAGGAAUGGAAAAACUUAGAAGUUAGUAAAGAAAAUACAAAUAAUGAAAAUAUAAAUCAAAAAUAUGUUGCUGUAUCAGUUAUGAAUUUUUAA